AUAUUUUCAAUCUUAGUUACGUCACAGUAAUGGCGGCGCCCGUGGCGGAUAGUUGGAGCUGGUUUCCGGCGUUAGCACUCGGGGUUUCUUUCCUAAAAUGUCUUUUUAUCAGUGCAUAUCAUUCUACAGAUUUCGAGGUCCACAGGAACUGGCUUGCCAUCACUCACAGUCUUCCAGUGUCCAGAUGGUAUCAUGAGAACACAUCGGAGUGGACUCUGGACUACCCUCCACUGUUCGCGUGGUUUGAGUUCGGUCUUUCUCACGUUGCUCAGACCUUUGACAGGAACAUGUUGCAGGUGGAGAACCUGAACUACGCCAGUCCAAACACUGUCCUCUUCCAGAGACUUUCCGUCAUCUUUACUGAUGUAGUGUUUAUAUUCGCAGCCAGAGAGUGCUGCAGAUGUGUUCAAGAGCAUAAAGGCUCUCGGGACGUCCUAAACCGGCCAUCCUUCAUUCUCGCAGUUUUGUUGCUCUGGAACUUUGGCCUCCUCAUUGUCGACCAUAUUCAUUUCCAGUACAACGGCUUUCUGUUUGGUUUCCUUCUCCUUUCUGUGGCAAAACACCUGCAGUCUCAGCACCUGCAGGGAGCGCUGCUGUUUGCCAUCCUUCUCAACCUUAAACACAUUUACCUGUAUGUGGCUCCGGCGUAUGGCGUUUACCUCCUGAGGAGUUACUGCUUCACUCAGGAUAACAGAGACGGCUCUAUCAGCUGGAGGAGCUUCAGUCUGGUCCGUCUGCUCAGCCUCGGCAGUAUUGUCAUCUCCGUCUGUGCUCUGUCUUUUGGCCCCUUCAUCGCCAUGGGUCAGCUGCCUCAGGUCCUGUCCCGACUGUUUCCCUUCAAACGGGGUCUCUGUCACGCCUACUGGGCCCCAAACUUCUGGGCCCUCUACAACAUUCUGGACAAAAGUCUAGCUGUGGUCGGGGUUCGACUGAAGUUGCUGCAGGAGGCGGAGCUUCCUCGAGCCUCCAUGACAGGUGGUUUGGUUCAGGAGUUCCAGCACUCUGUCCUCCCCUCCGUCUCUCCGUCCGUCACACUUGUCUGCACUCUGCUCUCCAUCCUGCCAGCUGUGGCGUCCAUCUGGUGGCGUCCUCGUGGUGCUCAGGGUUUCCUGCGCUGCCUGCUGCUCUGUGCUCUGGGAUCGUUCAUGUUUGGCUGGCACGUCCAUGAAAAGGCCAUCCUCAUUGCCAUCCUGCCCCUCAGUAUCCUGGCAGUUCAGAGCAGAGAGGAUGCAGGGAUAUUUUUAAUUCUCUCCACAACUGGACAUUACUCUCUUCCAUUGAUCUUCACCCCAACAGAGCUUCCCAUUAAAUUCACACUGAUGCUGAUGUUCACCAUUUACUCAUUCACUGCUCUGAGGAAACUCUAUAGUGGUCAGGGUUCACUGCUUCAUCGUCUGGAAGUUAUUUACCUACUGGGUCUGGUUCCCGUAUCAGUUGGCUGUGAGAUGGUCUUCCCUCUGUCACCGUGGCAACAGAGGCUGCCCUUCCUCCCUCUUCUGGCUACCUCGGUGUACUGCGCUCUGGGCAUCUGUUACUGUUUUGUGCGUCUUUACGUCAGUCUGCUGCGUUCAGAUGAAAAGCCCAAAAAGCUGUGAGACCACAGGUUAGAUUCCCAACAUCCGGACACAUUCAUUGAAGGAAAACUUUUACAUUCCCGACUGACUUUGUAUCAAUCUUGUCCUUGGAGUAAUGACCAAACAUAGAAGUUAUGAGCCACAUUGGGUUGUGUUUGCUGUAAACAGGUCAUUCAGCUGAAAGUGGAUUUAUUCAUGUUUCUGCCGUUGCUGCAAUCACAGUUAUGGCUGUAUGUGGACUCUGAUGGGGUGGUUGGGUUUUCUUCUUGUAAGAGAAUGUAGUUUAGUGGUUGAAACUGUCAAAUUUAUACUGAAGAAAUGUAAAAAUAAAUAAAUAAAUAAAGACUUAAUAAUUUGUUUGUUUGUCAGCAAAAAUCAUCAUCAAUUAGUUCUGAACUGGAGCUGUGAGAAAUGUUCAUUUGAUCUUAAUUUCAUCUCAUAUUAUAUUGAGGGAGAGGCCACAUUUAGCUGAGAAACAACAAGCAACAGUGUUGAUGAAAACAAAAUGGGAAUUUAGUAAAAAAAAAAAAACGUGAUUAGAUUGCAGACCCUUAUGCCCUUGGAUCAUAUCCACCAUUCUGAGAUUACAACAUUAAUGACCUUCCACAUCAACAAUGACAAACAUAAUUAGAAUAAGUGUCCACAUCUUAAUGAAGCAAUGAAAGUACAUCAGAGCCCAAAAAUGAACAUUGAAAAGCUGAUGCACGAUACAAAUCAGGUGCAAAGUACAAACUUUAAGAUGACAAAUGUUCCAUGCUUUUUAUCUGUGAACCUCUCACACAGAAACUGCAAAAAAGAAAAUACGUUUUUUAAUCUAAUUUCCUAGUCAUACAUCAAAUAAUCAACAAGUGAGUGUCCAAAUACAUUUAGAUGCAUAGUCUACAUGGGAGAGCCUUCAGAGUGGAAAAGAACCGGUACAACUCAGAUCACCCUAAACAUCUGUAAAAGCAAAAAAAAAACCAUCAUCCAUCAGAGUAUAAAUAGGACAAUUUUUGCUUAAAAACUUUAUUGAUAAGGCAACACAAAACAUGAUUGGUUAAAAUCACUGUACAGUCUUUUACAGUGAAACACUUCUAUUGCACAGUAAAUCUCAGAGUAAAUACUCACCUGCAGACUAUGAGUUAUAGGCUUUAAGGUGCACACAGCCUCUUUAACUCUAACUGUAAUCAUAAUUGAUAUUCACUAUUGAGACAAACAUUCCUCUGCAUCUCAUCUGCCUUUUCCCACGUGUCAUUGUAUAAAAGUAAAAAGGUUAAAUCAUUCAUUAGAUUCAGAGACCGACACACAAGACUAACAACAUUCAGUGUAACGAUAGAAUAAUAAUAAUGUUCAGUUGGUUUUCUCCAGUACGGGCUCAGUUUAACAGCUGUAACACAAUGUGCACCAGGAAAACAACAAAGAGUUUCCAAAUUAACCAGAAGUGGGACGGAAAAUGUGAAAAUAAACAGUUUGUAAAGGAGCAUUCCAGUGUUUUUUUACACUAAAUCCAAUGUUGGUGAAUGUGUGAUGCCCAAAUUGUGGUGUUGUGAUCAUUUAGCAGCUCAGAUCAUCAGUAUUUUGGCCAGUUAUUAUUAGUAAAUUAUUACAUUACAUCAAGCACAAUAACAUUCAGUGUCAUUCCCAGCUCCUCCUUCUUUGUCUUCUUCUUCUCUGGAUUAAGCAGACCCGACAUUACACUAGGUGUGUUUGUUUGUUUAAUGGUGGUCUUCUAAAUCUGUUGCUGCUCUCGAACCAAUUUUAGUUGCUGAUUCUUUGGAUGUUGAAUUGUAAAGAACUGGUUCAGGAUCAGAUACCAGCUCUGAACUGGACCUUGAACUGCAACAGUGAGAAAGGGGUUACAUAGACCUUUAUAUGAGCAAAUAGAUUGUAACAUCAAGUGAUCUGCAAUGGUUAAGGUAUCCCUCCAUCACAGAAAGUAGUCCCAGAUUCAAAGAUCAUGCUAACCUGUGCUCUGUAAGGCAGAGAAGUGCAUUUACAGGUGGGUGUAUUACCAGACAUGUGAAUUUGGAAGCUUUAGAGGACUCUGAUCAUGUGGAAGAGGACUGGAGUUAAUGGAAUUGAAAAUGAAAAUUCACAGAAUUGCUUCUUUAACUCCAGGUGGAGCUUUAAGUUUACCAUCAGCUGUGAACUUCUCCAGCCUUAACACUUCUUUAGUGAGUUUGCGCCUGUUCUGGUUUGACCUGUGUUGGCCUGGUUUGGCCUGGAUGCUCUUCUGCUGUAACACACUGAAUGGCCUGCUGCCAGACGAGCUCCAGGCUCAGACGGAGGAUAAUUUUGUCUUUGGUUCUUUUUCUCUGUAGUGCUGAACUAAUUAGAAAUGAAAAGUGGGCCUGUACUGACUUUAACUAUGUUUCCCAGACUCUUUCAUAUGUUUCCAUCUCCUUCAGUAAAACUAAAUCUGGAGUUUUCUUUUGCGUGUGGCCUGCAAUUGGCUGCUGAGCUCAUCCUCUACCUGAACUGUCUGUAAAUCUCAUCCAUUUCAGUUCAGCCGCUGAACCUUUUACAGCAUUAAGAGGAUCAGAGCACAGAGGACAAACUCCCAGCAUGCCCUGCUCACACCCACAGCCACUCUUCAUCUAGAGCUGGGAACUUUGGGUCUUCUUUGUAAGUCAAAGAAAUGUCAUGUGCAAAAUUCAUAGGACUGAAAUCGCACAAAAUGUCUCAUUCAGCGUGAAUCUUUCAGAUCAUAUUAUCACAUUACAAGUUAGAAGAAAUCAGCCUAAAUAUUCCCAGAAAUACUGUAAAUCAGAUCUUAGUUCACAAAUUUUGCAUCAUGUCCUGUAGGUGUCAUUUACAAAAAACUGCCCAAAGUAUUUGAGUUGGAGUCGUUUAGAAUUUUAUAU